AUGGUCUCCCCCCUCUCUCUCUCCCCAUCUCUCUCUCUCUCUCCCCCAUCUCUCUCUCUCUCUCUCCCCCAUCUCUCUCUCUCUCCCCAUCUCUCUCUCCCCCAUCUCUCUCUCUCCCCCUCUCUCUCUCUCUCUCUCCCCAUCUCUCUCUCUCCCCCUCUCUCUCUCCCCCAUCUCUCUCCCUCUCUCUCUCUCUCCCCUCUCUCUCUCUCCCCCCAUCUCUCUCUCCCCCCAUCUCUCUCUCUCUCCCCCAUCUCUCCCCUCCCCAUCUCUCUCUCUCUCCCCAUCUCUCCCCCUCUCCUCUCUCUCCCCCCUCUCUCUCUCUCUCUCCCCAUCUCUCUCUCUCUCCCCUCUCUCUCUCUCUCCCCCUCUCUCUCUCCCCCAUCUCUCUCUCUCUCUCCCCAUCUCUCUCUCUCCCCUCUCCCCCUCCCCCCAUCUCUCUCUCUCUCCCCCCAUCUCUCUCUCUCUCCCAUCUCUCUCUCUCUCUCUCUCGCUCUCUUUCGCUCUCAUUCUAAGUUCGUUCCUAUCUAUCUAUCUAUCUUUUUCAGUCAGUUUAUAUCUAUAUAUCUGAAAAUCUAUCUCUGUCAGUUCAUAUCAAUUUAUCUUAGUCCCUAUCUAUCUAUCAGUCUAUCUAUCUACUUAUUUCCUUCAUAUCUAAUUCUAUCUAUCUAUCUAUCUAUCUAUCUAUCUAUCUAUCUAUCUAUCUAUCUAUCUACUAAUUUCGUUCUUAUGUACCUAAGUUUGUUCCUAUCUAUCUAUUUCAGUGAGUUCAUAUCUAUAUAUCUGUCCAUUGAUCUAUCUUUGUUCCUAUCUAUCUACGUCAAUAUCUAUCUGCUUCUUAUCUAUCUAUCUAUCUAUCUAUCUAUCUAUCUAUCUAUCUAUCUAUCUAUCUAUCUAUCUAUCUCAGUCUGUUCAUAUCUAUCUAUAGCAGUCUGUUCAUAUCUAUCUAUCUAUCUAUCUAUCUAUCUAUCUAUCUAUCUAUCGAAGUCUGUUCAUGUCUAG